AUGGGAAUAAAGCAAUUGAUGAAGCUGAUCAACGAAAAGGCACCAUCAGCAGUAAGAAAAAUCACCUUAGAACAGUACUCAGGCAAAGUUAUAGCAUGUGACGCCUCUAUGGCAAUUUACCAAUGUCUAAUUGCUCCACUAUUCAAGUCUCAAUCAGGAAUGCUAUCUGAUGAAUCAGGAAAUCCGACUUCUCAUUUAAUGGGUCUUCUUAGCCGGACCAUCCAAUUGCUUGAGCAUAAUAUCAAACCAAUCUGAGUUUUUGAUGGAAAAGCGCCUGAAGAAAAAUCACAAGAACUCACCAAAAGAAAGCUUUUAAAGAAAAAAAAUCAAGAUAAAUUAAGAGAAGCCCAAGGAGAAAUACUCCCUACAAAGACUCCUCGAGAGGACUCCCACAUCCCAUAUACACCUACAGAAUCCCACAUCCCAAUGCCUAAAUGUGCAGAAAUUCCUAUUUCCAACGAAAAAAAUUGGAAAAACCGAAAAGAAAACCAAACCCACCAAAGGAGAAAAUUCAAGAAAAAAGUCGACGAUAUUGAGACUGAGCUUCGGCUAAAAAUAUCCUCCUUACUAGGAUAUGAAAUCCCUAUUAUAGAGUCAGAAGAUUAUUUAUGCAAAGGAGAAAGUGACGAAGAAGAAGUUGGGUUAAUGAGAGAAAUCGACGCUAUGGUCGGAUAUCUCAGCAAAAAUAAAUAUUCUGAUAUAGAAGAAGUCAAAAAAAUCGCAAGAAGGACUGUACAUAUUACUAAAGAAAUGGUUGACGACGCAAAGAAAUUACUGCAUCUUAUGGGAGUGCCGGUUAUUGAAGCUCCUGGAGAAGCAGAAGCACAGUGCGCAGAAUUAGUGAAAAACUCAAGGGCUUAUGCAGUUUUAACUGAAGAUAUGGAUACUUUGGCCUUCGGAGCAAAUAUUAUGGUGAGAGGAAUGGGCAGUAAAAAUGAGCCAAUGGUAGAAAUUACUUUGGAAAAUAUUUUGAGGGAUUUUCAAAUGAAAUUGGAGACUUUUAUUGAUUUAUGUAUUUUAUUAGGCUGUGAUUAUACUUCUACAAUUGAAGGAAUUGGGCAUAAAAGGGCUUUUGCGUUAUUGCAAGAGUGCUCGAGUAUUGAAAAUGUUAUUAAUGUGGCAGAUAAAGGAAGCAAAGGAAAUUUUAAAGUGCCUUCAGAUUUUGAUUAUAAUAAAGCGAGAAAUUUGUUUUUGCAUCCUGUAGUGAGUGAGCCUGAUCAGCUAGAUUUAAAUUGAGAAGUACCGAAUGAAGGAGAUUUAAGAGAUUUCUUAAUGGUUCAAAAAGAUUUUGGGAAAGAAAAAAUCAAUGGGUUUAUAAGGAGAUUAAAUAAUAUAUCGAAGAAGCCUGCGCAGAUGAGGCUAGAUGCAUUUUAUGACUCUGAAACACUGAAGAGGCCUCCUGAAGACACUAAAAAGAUUAAAAAGAAAGCAGCUCCCAAGAAAAAGAAAAAGUAA